GUGGGGAGAGACACAUAAUUCUAGUCCUUUGUCUGCAGUUUCGGUGAGCCUUCUGCUUUUGCUGUCAUCUCCAAAACCCUAACAAGAAUAAUCCCGUUUUCAUGGCUUGAGACUUCAUCAUCUUCACUUCCUUUUGCCGAUUUUUAUACACAUGCACUCUCAAUUGCCAAUAAUUGCACAUCUUGGAACUUCUUAAUCGAAGGUCGGGUGGGUUGUCAUUUACCAGGAACCGUCUUUUCCCGGUUUUGAGUAGAGAUGCAUUAUUUUAAUCUAGCUUUGAAGCAUAUUCUCAAUUCAAUUAGAUCAAUCUCCUCCAGCAUCGUUCAUCAAAGAGGACUCAACACAUUCUUGUUAAUUGGAAUUUUGAUGAAUGUAGUCCCUUUUGUUAGUCUCUUACUGUCUUGAUUACUGGGAUGGAAAAUAAUGAAGCAGUGGAUGAUCAGAACUCAGGAUGGUUCGAAGUGAAAAAGGUUAUUCUUCUACUACAUUUUUUUUUUGGUGUUCAUUCAGUAAGAAGUUGAAGGCAAGCGAAAUCAAAAAGCUGUCUUUCUGUAUUUAUGCAUUAAAAAAAUGAAGAGCUCGGCUUACGUGAUUCAACUGAAUGUGUGUUCAAGCUUAUUUAUUGGUUCGAAACUUGGGUUAAUUGAUCGUAAACACCGGAAUACUUCAAAAUCCUCUUUGCAGAGCUGUGCUGGAGGACUUUCAGGGAAAAAUGCUUUUAAUUCUUUGCACAGUCAGCGUUCCAUAGAUAAAAAUGACAGAGAUUCAAAUGCCAUGCUGCGAUCACAUCUUCCAAGGAUGGAGGAGAAUUUUGUACAUAACUCUGGCAGUAUUACAAAUUCUAUGUCCGAGUCAAAGGAGGAAGAGGGCACAGGUCACCUUAAUCCAAAUGUGGUUAAACAUGACAAUCAGAGUCAGAAGUCACCUACUGAUGAUUCUAGAGGUGGAUUUGAAGUUGUUGAGAAAUUACCCCAAAACAAUAAGCCUGAAGUAGUCCACAAAAUUAAGUGGGGUGAUCUAGAGGAUGAGAGCUUUCCAAUGCCUCAAGAAAACUUGAGUGGAGCUGGAAUCAAGUUUGGUACUAUUGGAGAUGAUAACAUGCUUAACUGUAGAAAGACUGAUAGUGUUUUAGAUGCAGCCCUUCCUGAUUCAUUUCAUGCCAAUGAUAAUGUUCCAGUGGCCAAGAUUGUUGAUUCAGACAUGGCUUCUAGUCAGAUUCCUUCAUUGGCAAGUAAGGAUGAGAUUUCUGGAGCAAGUGGUAUAGAAGUUAAGGAUACAUCUUUGGAAAAAAUCCCACUGUUGAAUGAGAAAGAAGUCAAUCAAGCAGAUGAUAUAUUGAACUCCAAGAGUGAAAAUGAUGCUGGCAUCAAAGUAGUAACUAAUAAUCACAUAGAGAAUGAUGUUGGAAUUUCUGAAGCGCCCCAAACAAACUGCCAUUCAGUUAGUGCAGUUACCAACCUGAGUACAUCACAUGUGCUUGAUUGUGGACCUGAAAUUGUAGGAGAUUCUGUAACUUCUGUUGAAGAUGUUAGGGUUACACAGAAUGGUAAUGUGGGUGGGAUUUUGUCAAGCUCUCAUAAUAUGAGUGCUCUUGAAGAAGAUGACUCAAAUGAAAGCAAAGAACGGUUUAGGCAAAGGCUUUGGUGCUUUUUAUUUGAAAAUCUUAAUAGGUCUGUUGAUGAGUUGUAUCUUCUUUGUGAGCUGGAAUGUGAUUUGGAGCAAAUGAAAGAGGCAAUUCUUGUUCUUGAGGAGGCUGCAUCUGAUUUCAAAGAGUUAAUCAAUAGAGUUGAGGAAUUUGAGAAAGUUAAAAAGUCUUCUCAAAUAAUUGAUGGAGUUCCUGUCAUCUUGAAGAGUGACCAUCGCAGGACACAUGCUGUCUCAUGGGAGGUUCGAAGGAUGACAUCAUCACCUCAUAAGGCUGAUAUACUGUCUUCAUCUCUUGAGGCUUUUAGAAAGAUUCAACAAGAGCGUGCCAGCUUGCAAGCCGUUAAUAGUGCAGAGAAUGUCAAGUCUAAAUGUCCAACUCCUGAAUUUGUUGGCAAUCACACAGAUCCAGUGACAAAGCCAAGAAAGCAGGUUGGAUUGUUAGAUGCUAAUCAAGUGUAUCUAAAUGAAGGAAAGCAUAAUAUUCAAUCAGGAAAGCCUUGCAAAGCAAUCUUAGAGCAAAAACGACAAAGCAGCCAGCCAAAGAGCUCAUUAUCAGAAGUUAACUUAUCUAAUUCACAUCCUAGGGAAAAUUUGGCUGCUGUUGUAACCACCAAGAGUAAAAGAGAACAUGUUGAAUCUGAAGCUGAGAAGCUAAAGAAAGAUAAAGUGCCAAUGGUAGGUAUUACUGAUAAAAUUUCUAGAUCGGUGGAUGAUAUCCGGAGGCAAAUGCCUAUACCUGAGAAAGAUAAGGAAAAGAGAAAUGUAGCUCCAGGAAAAUCCAUGAAUGCUUGGAAGGAAAAAAGGAAUUGGGAGGAUAUUCUCUCAUCUCCAUUCCGUGUCUCUUCUCGUAUGUCAUACCCACCAGGCUUAAGCAGGAAAAGUGCUGAACGUGCACGUAUCUUGCAUGAUAAAUUAAUGUCUCCUGACAAAAAGAAGAAAACCACUUCAGACUUGAGAAAAGAGGCAGAAGAGAAGCAUGCUCGUGCUAUGAGAAUCAGAAGUGAGUUAGAGAAUGAGAGAGUACAAAAGCUUCAACGUACAUCAGAAAAGUUAAAUCGUGUCAAUGAAUGGCAGGCUGUUCGCAAUAUGAAGUUACGAGAGGGCUUGUAUGCACGUCAUCAACGCAGUGAAUCUCGUCAUGAAGCUUAUCUAGCUCAAGUAGUGAAGAGAGCUGGUGAUGAGAGUAGCAAGGUAAAUGAGGUUCGGUUUAUUACUUCCUUAAAUGAAGAAAAUAAAAAGUUAAUAUUGCGUCAAAAGCUUCAUGGGUCUGAGUUGAGAAGAGCUGAAAAGCUGCAAGUUAUAAAAUCUAAGCAAAAGGAGGAUUUGGCAAGGGAAGAAGCUGUUCUAGAACGCCGAAAACUCAUUGAGGCUGAAAAGUUACAGCGUCUUGCUGAAAUACAGCGAAAAAAAGAGGAGGCUCAAGUUAGAAGGGAAGAGGAAAGAAAAGCAUCAAGUGCAGCACGUGAAGCAAGAGCUAUUGAGCAGCUUCGAAGAAAGGAAGAAAGAGCCAAAGCCCAGCAAGAGGAAGCUGAACUUUUAGCCCAAAAGCUGGCAGAGAGACUUAGUGAAAGUGAACAACGUCGUAAGGUGUACUUAGAGCAAAUUCGAGAGAGGGCUUCUAUGGAUUUUAGGGAUCAGUCAUCCCCUUUGCUACGCCGGUCUGGGCAAAGUAGAUCUACAACAAAUAGUGGUGAUGAUCCUCAAACAAACAUUACCUCUAACACAGGAGGUUCUUCUCUUGGAAUUGGCAACAUCGCAUUGCAACAAUCAAUGAAGCGAAGAAUUAAGAAAAUUCGACAAAGACUUAUGGCUUUGAAACAUGAAUUUCUUGAGCCUUCUCUUGGUGGUGAAAGUGCUGGCAUUGGAUAUAGAGUGGCAGUGAAUGCUGCUAAGGCAAAAGUUGGCAGGUGGCUUCAAGAACUUCAAAGACUUAGGCAGGCAAGAAAAGAAGGGGCCACAAGUAUAGGGCUAAUAAUUGCUGAAAUGAUUAAGUAUUUGGAGGGAAAGGAUCCGGAGUUGCAGGCAUCUCGUCAAGUUGGACUUUUAGAUUUUAUUGCUUCUGCCUUGCCUGCUUCCCACACUUCAAAGCCUGAAGCAUGUCAAGUUACAUUGCACCUUUCAAAACUUCUGAGAGUGGUACUAUCUGUACCUGCAAAUAGGAGUUAUUUCCUUGCACAAAAUUUCUUACCACCAAUCAUCCCAAUGUUAUCAGCAGCUCUUGAGAACUAUAUAAAAAUUGCAGCAUCUAUAAAUAUUCCUGGUAAUCCAAGUUUACCAGCAAAUAAAGUAUCGGUUGAGAAUUUUGAAUUAAUCUCUGAAAUUUUAAAUAAUUUUUUGUGGACUGUUUCCACAAUUUUUGGUCAUAUAAGUUCUGAAGAAAGACAACUUCAAAUGCGGGAUGGCUUGCUGGAGCUAUUAAUUUCCUACCAAGUUAUUCAUCGACUAAGAGAUCUUUUUGCACUUCAUGAUAGGCCUCAAAUGGAAGGAUCAUCAUUUCCUACCCCUAUCCUUUUAAGCAUACAUCUUUUGGUGGCUUUGACUUCUAGAUAUGGAACAGUAAGUUCCAUUGAUUGGAAUUCUUUUCCUAUGGUAAAGGUACAGAAAAUUGAAAAUGAAGGGGCUCAGGUUGCAGAUUCUAUUCAUUCUGUGGCGAGUAACUCUUGGGGAGAUUACAGGUCUCCCUUGUCUGUAAUUAAUGGUAGCUCAGUCAUGCAUUUACCUGAUGUCCCUGAGGAUAGACCAUUGGAUGAAUUGUGUAAGGUUAAUGUGAGUGAUGGAUCUCCUACAACUGACGAGGUUCCUGGAUUAAGGCAGAUUGAUGGUUCUCUUCAAUUAAAGAAUGUUGAUGGGGAGUUUACGGGUGUUCCCAAUGAAUCUAAGAACAAUCAAAGAGGGGAUAUUAUCAAUUCUUGUGUUUCCCAAAAGGAUGAGAAAAGCAUGAUUGUUGGUGCUGCACAUAAAAAUGAAAAAGUAUCAAUCUUGGAUCAACGUGUGGCAUAUCUUCUUUCGGCUCUUUCUGAGACAGGACUUGUCAGUCUUCUUUCUCUUUUGACUGCUGUAUUACUACAGGCGAAUAAUAGGUCACCCUCUGAACAAGCAUCAUUUAUUCUUCCAUCUAAUUUUGAGGAGGUGGCAGCUGGAGUAUUGAAGGUGCUGAAUAAUGUGGCUCUUUUGAAUCUUGUAUUUUUGCAACAAAUGCUAGCUAGGCCAGAUUUGAAAAUGGAAAUUUUCCAUCUGAUGAGCUUUCUUCUUUCUCAUUGCACCAGCAAAUGGAAAGCUUCAAAUGAUCAGAUUGGAAUCCUUAUGCUUGAAUCUCUAUCACUUCUUGGUCACUUUGCUUUGUUCCAUCCUGGUAAUCAAGCUGUCCUCCGAUGGGGAAAAAGUCCAACCAUCCUCCACAAGAUAUGCGAUCUGCCUUUCGUUUUCUUCAGUGACCCUGAGUUGAUGCCAGUUUUGGCUGCCACGUUGAUUGCUGCAUGCUACGGGUGUGGGCAGAACAAGUUUGUAGUUCAACAAGAACUGAAUGUUGAUAUGUUAAUUUCCUUGCUCAGAUCUUGCAAAAAUGCUUCAUCUACAUCUCAGUUUAAUUCAACCUCAGAUAGUUCCCCAGCAGAUGAAUCUAAUGUACAAAAUCAAGGGGGUUCUGAGUUUAGAAAGCCUCACGCGGAUGUUCCAAUAAAAUACAGCCGCACUAAUGGCAAAGGCACUCGAAGCUCUUCGGGAAAGAAUGGUGCUUUGGGAAAUGGCAUCAAAACUAGCAAGAUGAGAAGCCAGAGGGAUAGCAAGGCAAUUAAGAAUAAUGAAGAAGUGGCUCCUAAGCAAAAUCUGUACCUUCCAGAGGCUUCAUCUUUAAUGUUGUAUUGUAGAUUUCCUAACAGCUUUAUUGAUAAAGCAGAGCAGUUCUUUUCGGCGGAGAUUCCGAGUGGAAUUGAUGAAGUACGAGUUCAAACAUUAUAAAUUGAAGCUUACAAAUGAAAAAUAUGGAUCUACGCGCCUGUUUAGUUGAGAUUUGUUCAUAGAAUAUACCUUGAUGAUUUCUCUCUCGUGUUACGCGUUGCAGCUUCAUACAUGAGCAUCCUAAAAGCUGUGAUGUAACUGUCUUGUGUAAAUUAUACAUGAAAGUUCACUUA